AAAUAACCAAUUAUGUUACCAUAGUCUCGAGUUCAUCAGAAUCUCAAUGUGAAGUUAAGCAAACUGAUGAUUCAAUUGGGGAUCAAGUAAUUGAUAAUGUUCCUAAAGCGUUUGUUGUGGAUACCUCUGAUAAAAUUGAAAAAAUGGUCGUAACUGAUAAUGAUCCAGCUCAUAAAAUCGUUGCUAAUGAGGCCGUGACUGAAAACAUUACCCAUGAUAACCAAAAUACUGAAAUCGAUCAAAAAUUAGAAAGUGAAAUCUCUAUUAAAAAUGAAUCGUUUCCUAAUCUAGUUCACGACGAUUCAAAUAUUUUCAAAACUAAAACAGUCCACGAAUCUCAAACUCACGAAGAGUCUUUGACAACAGAGUUAUCCAAGAUUCAUGAACAUAGCAUUCCCACCCCUGACCUAAUAGAUGAUCCUACUACGACUUCUGACAGUUUGGUGAAUAACACAAACGGUGAAGAGCCUACGACUUCUGACAGUUUGGUGAAUAACACAAACGGUGAAGAGCCAUACGAGAAAAAGAUCGGAAAUUCGUAUGAAACCAUUUUCAAAGAAACUAACGACGAAACAACCGCAAUGCACAAAAUUUCUCUAAUUGAUUCUUCCCAGCAUGAAGAAAAAAUUGCAACCGUUGAUACUAAAACAAUAGAAGAAAAAAAUACCGUCAACGAAAUAAUUGAUAAACCUAUUAAAACGGUUGAACCAACUUUCCAAGAUAAGCAAGGGUCAACCAAUGAUCUGGUUUACACUACCAACUUUGAAGCGUUAGAUAAAACUGUUAAGACGUUUGAACAAACUUUCCAAGAUAGGCAAGGGUCAACCAACGAUCUGGUUGACUCUACUAACUUUGAAGCGAUAGACAAAACUGUUAAGACGUUUGAACAAACUUUCCAAGAUAGGCAAGGGUCAACCAACGAUCUGGUUGAUACUACUAACCUUGAAGCGAUAGAUAAAACUGUUAAGACGUUUGAAACAACUUUCCAAAAUAAGCAAAGGUCAAUCAACGAUUUGGUUGACACCAACAACCGUGAAAUUGAAGCUACCUUAAAGGAUUCUAUUGAAAAAAUCGGAAAACACCUUGAGUCAACAUCCAUUACUGAUCCCUCUUCUAUGUCGCCAUAUAAUGUUUGCUUUUCUUACAAAAAAGACGACAUAAAUGUUAUUUGCAUUGAUGAUAACCUUCGCGUAAAAAUCGAAAGAUUAAGUGCAGACAUUGCAAGGGUAUAUUUUACGGAUAUUCAAGAUAUUCAAGUUCCUAUUCCCGCAACCAUUACUUUUUGGGAUCUUUCAAAUAAUCAAGCAUUGUUAUCAUUUAAUAAUAAUUUUAUUAUUACCUGGAUUUCAAAUUAUGCAAUGUAUCAGG